ACGAGGGGGACGCCUUUUCGCGGAGGGACGCUUUCCGCCUCGCCAUGGCGGUGGACAUCACGCUGCUGUUCAAGGCGAGCGUGAAGACGGUGAAGACCCGGAACAAGGCCCUGGGGGUCCCGCUGGGCGGCAGCAGCAGCAGCAGCGACAGCCCCCGCGACGACGCCCAGAUCCUGCUCAAGCGCGGAGGUGGGCAGCGCUCCAAAGGCGACUUCUCCAGCCGCGCCCGCGAAGUGGUCAAUAACAUUGGGAAACUGAAAGAUUUUCUUCUGCAGCACAGGAAAGAUUAUAUUAAUGCCUACAGCCAUGUCAUGUCUGAGUACUUGCGGAUGACAGACACUGAGCGAGACCAGAUUGACCAGGACGCCCAGAUCUUUAUGAGAACAUGCGCUGAUGCAAUUCAGCAACUCAAAACAGAAGCACACAAGGACAUCCAUUCCCCGCAAGUGAAGCAGCACAGAGAAGCUGUCCUAGAUUUCAUUGGAGACUAUUUAAAAAGAGUGUGUAAGCUGUAUUCAGAACAAAGGGCUAUCCGGGUCAAGCGAGUAGUUGAUAAGAAAAGAUUAUCUAGGCUUGAGCCAGAACAGAGCGAUAAGUCCAAAGUAACUUCUUCUCCUGAAAGAACUGCUCAAACAACUUCGGAAGAAUCUGAAGAGAAACUCACUUGUGAAGACAACAGAGAUAAGAAUGUGAUAGAUGAACACACAAAUUUUGGACUUUGGGGUGAUGGCAAAGGAGAAGAUGAGCUUUCACCUGAAGAAAUCCAAAUGUUCGAGCAGGAAAACCAGCGCCUUGUCGGAGAAAUGAACAGCCUGUUUGAUGAAGUGAGACAAAUUGAAGGGAAGGUGGUUGAAAUAUCUAGACUUCAAGAGAUAUUCACAGAAAAAGUCUUGCAGCAGGAAGCCGAGAUUGACAGUAUCCACCACUUAGUUGUGGGUGCAACAGAGAAUAUCAAGGAAGGAAAUGAAGACAUAAGAGAGGCAAUCAAGAAUAAUGCUGGAUUUCGUGUGUGGAUCCUCUUCUUCCUUGUGAUGUGUUCCUUUUCUUUGUUAUUCUUGGACUGGUAUGGUAGCUAACCCUGGCCUAUUCACUAUUCAUAUAGCCCUGACCAAAAUCUGCUGAAGCCACCUGGGACUGAUACUGGCUGAAGAUGUUUUCUAUACAAAGCAACACGUAUUGUAUUUCAUGCAUCGUCAUGGUCGAAAUACCUUGACCAGACACUUACAUUUCUACACCUCCUGCAACAGGAAGUACUGGUCCAAUUGGAAGUUGGGUUUAGUGAAAAGUUCACACAGGGAACUGUUGUAGUGCAUCAGUGAACAUAGCUUUUUAGCCAUUUACCCAAUAUUUAUUUUAUUACAGUGGUCUCUUUCUAAAUAUUUUUGCACACAUGGAUUGCUGGUGGGAGUUUUGUAGUGCUGCUCAGUGACCAAGCCAGUGGAACUCACUGAAGUUCGCAGCAAGUCCUAGAGUCUAAAUGAACUUUAUUCCAGAAAGGCAAAAUAAAUUCCAGAUUGCAUUGAAAAGGAAAGGUUUGACUGUUUAGAAUGUGAUUCUUCACAGUUGGUAUUUCAAUUUACAACAAAACUCCUUUCCAUUUCUUUGUUUUUAGAUAAAUGCACCACUACAGAGAGCAAAGUAAUCUGAAUUCUUCAAUUGUAGACAUGUAGAAUAAUCACCUAAAGGUGAAUGUUGCCCAUAAGUACAGUGACUGGAAUCCUUCCUUUUUGAUUGAUUUUAAAUGCAAUAAUAAAUAUAUCUAUGUCAA